AUGGUGUACAUCAAGAACCUCGCCGGUACUAUUACCCUCCUUGCGUCGAUUGCCUCGGCCAGAGUGAUUACUCGUCAGGCGUCAGCUAGCAUUCAUGAGGCUUUCACGUCGCAUGGGAAGAAGUACUUCGGUACUGCGUCUGAUCAGGGUUUGUUGCAGAAUAGCCAGAAUGAGGCGAUCAUCGCGGCGAACUUUGGGCAGUUGACCCCGGAGAACAGUAUGAAGUGGGAGUCGACGGAACCCACUCAGGGGAGCUUUACUCUGGACGGAGCCGAUGCUUUGGUCGACUAUGCGCAGAGCAAUGAAAAGCUUGUUCGCGGUCAUACUCUCGUCUGGCACUCGCAGCUGCCCUCGUGGGUGUCGAGCAUCUCCGACAAGGAUACUCUGACGGACGUCAUCAAGGAGCACAUCAACACAGUGAUGGGCCAAUACAAGGGCAAGGUUUAUGCCUGGGAUGUCGUCAACGAGAUCCUCGACGAAGAUGGAACUCUUCGCGACAGCGUCUUCUCGAACGUCCUCGGCGAGGACUUUGUGCGCAUUGCGUUUGAGACAGCUCGCGAGGCCGACCCGGAUGCGAAGCUGUACAUCAACGACUACAACUUGGACUCGGCCGACUAUGCCAAGACCAAGGGCAUGGUGAGCUACGUCAAGAAGUGGCUGGAUGCAGGUGUUCCGAUUGAUGGAAUUGGAUCCCAAACCCAUAUCAGCGAGGGAGGAUUCCCCUCUUCCGCUCUUGACGCACUUGCUUCCACCGGCGUCUCCGAAGUUGCCGUGACGGAGCUUGACAUUGCCGGUGCCAGCUCGGAAGAUUACUUGAAUGUCGUGAAUGCCUGCUUGGACCAGGAAGCCUGCGUCGGAAUUACCGUCUGGGGUGUGUCGGACAAGGACUCGUGGCGCUCUGAUAGCACCCCUUUGCUGUUCGACAGCAACUACGGGGCCAAGGACGCGUACAACGCCAUCGUUGAUGCUUUGUAG